UAUUAAACCGGUGUGACAACUCACUCACUCGUAGACAUAAAGGGUGUAAAAUACAUCCAAGGCAUGCUCACCUGUUGCAGUUGCAUUUUACAAUGGGGGAUUUGAAGGACAGUAAUAGUAUAGACGACAGAGUUCUAUCGGCCGUUCACCUUAGACAGGGGGACAUUAAAGUUGUAUUUCACAAAGUUGGCGAUGACGACGACGAUGAACACACUACUGAGAGGAUUAAUUUACAAAGUAACAGUCAUGAUGAGCGGGGUAAUGAAGAGGCAAGGACUAGAACAGUGGAAAGCAGUGCGAAGCAAAGAUUAUGUCCACCCUUGUGUUGUAGAAUUGGCGGCCGCGGGGAUCCCAUCUCAAAGGACGCAGGAGACACAGUUGCCACAGAGAAUAAACAUUGUCCAGGACUGGGCCUGUUUUAUGGCCUGCUGGCAACAGUAUGCUUCUCCAUUAUAGCUCUUCUGGUGAAGACAAUAGAUGGAGUCCAUGCUGUAGAAAUCAGUGCCAUUCGCUGCUUCUUCCAGAUGCUGUUUGUGAUGCCUGGGCUUAUCUAUUACAAGACUGGCUUCCUUGGACCAAGAGACAAGCGUAUCUAUUUGGUGAUGAGAGGGUUAUUGGGUUCCAACGCCAUGAUCCUAUUGUUCUAUGCAGUACAGCAGAUGCCCCUGGCUGAUGCAACAGUCAUCAUGUUCAGCAAACCAGUGUUCACCGCCUUGUUAGCCUGGAUCUUCCUCAAAGAGAAAUGCACAAUCUGGGACUGUGUCUUCACUGUCUUCACUCUGGCCGGUGUCAUAAUGAUAGCCAGGCCUCCCUUCAUAUUCGGUGCUCGUAUAGAGGGAAUAGAGGGAGACUACACCAAUCAUCUCAAGGGGACUAUUGCAGCCUUCGGUGGUGCGUUAGGAGCAGCCUGCACUUUAGUUAUACUCAGGAAAAUGGGCAAAAGCGUCCACUACUAUCUGUCUGUGUGGUACUAUGCGGUCAUUGGUUUCAUUGAGUGUGUCAUCACUUUGUUUAUACUUGGUGAAUGGACCAUUCCAUUCUGUGGGAGAGACAGAUGGAUCCUUAUGCUGAUUGCAAUCCUGGGUAUCGCUGGCCAAACGUUUCUCACCAAAGCACUUCAGAUUGAGAAGGCCGGCCCUGUGGCCUUGAUGAGGACCGUUGACGUGAUCCUGGCCUUUAUUUUCCAGUUCUUUUUUUUCAACCGUAAGCCCACCAUGUGGAGUCUCGGUGGGGCAUGUUGUGUGGUCGUCAGUACCUGUGGUGUGGCUCUGAGGAAGUGGUACAGCAACACACACCCAAGAGAGAGCGGUGAACCACACAUCAGACAAAUAUUUUAUUCCAGGUAUAAAUUAAAGGUUAUCAAUUAAUGUGAUGUUAAUGUUCAGCAGUCAAGAGUGUUAUGUAAACCAAAGAAGCAAUAUUACCGUACAUCCAAAUGUUACUGUGAGGUUUUGAGCACAAAGCUGGAGAUUUUUUAGUAUUUACAUCAACACACUUAGAAAAGAGGGUUCUUUGGUAAGGGUGAUGGUUCUAUGUGGAACCAUUUGAGCUCUUUAAUGGUUCUUUGCAGUUCAGAAAACGGUGCUUUAAUCUUUUAGUGAUAAUUCAAAUGUAGGGGAGGUGGCUCAUUUUAAUAUUUUGGGGCGUGGUUUUCUCACAGCUCUUUUUGUGCAGCCGAGAGUGAGUGUCAUUCCAGUUGAUAUAAUCUGUUGUGUUAUGUCAUUGCAUGUUAAAUAUGACUGGUCAAUAAUAGUGUCUUGUGAGAGACUUAUGUAAGGCCUCGUGUCAACGGUUGACUAAAUCUCAAUUCUCUCCUCAGGGACCCCCAGCCGGUCCAGAGCUAGCACACCUGAUUCAACUUGUAAAUGAACACAAUAAUAACACCCAUAUCAUUUUAAAGAUAAUAUAAUAUAGCUAACCCUCUUUAUAGCACCAUAAAGGUUCCAUUUAGAACCUUCAAAAAGGGUUCCGCUAUGGUUACAAGCCAAAUUACCCUUAUUUGGCAGUGGCACUACAUACAGUGCCUUCAGAAAGUAUUCAUACCCCUUGACUUAUUCCACAUUUUGUUACAGCCUGAAUUCAAACUCGAUACCCCAUAAUGACAAAGUGAAAACAUGUUUUUAGAAAUAUAAGCACAUUUAUUGAAAAUCAAAUACAGAAAUAAUUAAUUUAACAUAAGUAUUCACACUCCUUUGCUAUAACACUCCAAAUUGAGCUCAGGUGCAUCCAAUUUCCUUUGAUCAUCCUUGAGAUGUCACUACAACUUGCAUGUCUGAGCAGAAACUAUACCAUGAAGUCCAAGGAACUGUCCAUAGAUCUCCGAGAUAGAAUUGUGAUGAAAAAUAUGGAACUACCCAGACUGCCUAGAGCUGGCCGUCUGACCAAACUGAGCAACCAGGCAAGAAGGACCUUGGUAAGGCAGGUGACCAAGAACCCAAUGACCACUCUCAUAGAACUACAGUUCCUUGGCUGAGAUGGGAGAACCUGCCAGAAGGACAACCGUGUCUACAGCACUUCACAAAUCUGGGCUUUAUGGGAGUGUUGCCAGACUGAAGCCACUCCUGAGAAAAAGGCACAACAGCACACCUGGAGUUUGCCAAAAAGGCAAGUGAAAUACAAAAAUAUUCUGUGGUUUGAUGAGACAAAAAUGUGACUAUUUGGCCUAAAUGCAAAGCGCUAAGUCUGGAAAAAACAGCAAUAACUCAUCACACAUUGAACACCAUCCCUACCGUGAAGCAUGGCAGUGGCCGGGACUGGGAGACUGGUAAGGAUAGAGGGAACAAUGAAUGGAGCCAAAUACAGGCAAAUCCUUGAUGAGAACCUGCUUUAGUGUGCAAACAACAGACUGGGGCAAAGAUUUGCAUUCCAACAGGACAAAGUACCGCAAACAUACAGCAAAAGCAAUGCUGAAAUGGCUUCAGAACAAGAAUGUGAAAGUCCUUGAGUGGCCCAGCUAAAGCCCACACUUGAAUCACAUUGAAAAUGUGUGGAAAGACUUGAAGAUUGCUGUUCACCGCCACUCUCCAUCUAACAGAGCUUGAGAAAAUCUGCAAGGAAGAAUGGGAGAGAAUCCCCAAAUAUAGAUGAGUAUGUCUGUAUCAGCUUUGCACAAGACGACUCAAGCCUGUAAUCGUCACCAAAGGGGCUUUUACAAAGUAUUGACUCCGGGGUGUGAAUACUUAUGUGAAUUAGAUAUGACUGUAUUUCACUUUCAAUAAAUUUGCAAAAGUUCUAAAAACAUGUUUUCACUUUGUCAUUAUGGGGUAUUGUGUGUAGAUGGGUGAGAAAACAUAUACAUGUAAUCCAUUUUGAAUUCAGUCUGUAACACAACAAAAUGUGGAAUAAGUCAAGGAGUAUCAAUACUUUCUAACGCACUGUAGAACCAUUUGUGUGUGUACUGAGGUUAAUCAGCAAAGCUUAUAUUAGCAUCUUUUUCAAUUUGAAAUAGGCUGAUGUCCUUUAUUCUAAUACACUGCUGGUCACAAUAGUUUUUUUGUGGAAAUGUUAAAAGUGUGACAUAAUUUUUUACAAAAUGCAAAGAUUUUAAAAAGAUUUGCUUUGUGCAAUGUGUCACAACUAGCAAUACUAUUUUGUUGACCCAAGGAGUAAGCUGCAUAGUCAGAUGACUUUAUGCAUCUCACAUUUAUGCUGCCUACAGUAGUUAAAUAGUAUAAUAUGAUGGAAACUUGAUAUUUACAGUACAAAUAGCUUUAUGACAGUAUACCACAGAAAACCACUUGUUGCCUUCCUUUUGAAAUGUGUACUACUAAUUUAGAACUAAGCACUUGACUUUGCACAUUUCUGUUACAUGCCGUGUCAGUUAUGAUGCUUUGUGUACGUGUUAUACUCCUAGUUAUGCCAGUGUGACUGCUGUUUUAUAUUAAUUAUUUAUCAAUAGAAAUCAAAUACAUAUUUCUGCUUUAUCAAAAGAACUUUCUCAGACUGAUUGAAUGUAUGACUUGUUUAUUAAAUAUGUGGCAAAAAUGCUUCUUAACAUUAACUGUGUUCAAUCAGUUUCUCGUAGGUCUACAUAAAUUGGUUAUAGCAACAGUACGAACAAUUUAAAUUAACCAUUUAAUUGUUCAAUGUAAUUCUGAGCCCACUGUGCCCUCCUUUUUCAUACACUGUUUAUAUAAGUUGAAAUGACUUAACUGUUUAUGGGACCAUAUUUCACAACGUGUUUGUCCUCAAUUAAGGUGGACACAGAGACAUAUAGUAUGUCUAAACCUUUGUGUGGUUCACGUUGGAUUUUAUUUGAUUGAUAGUGAUUUGAUUGAAACUGAGAAGUUGGAUGCACUUGCUCAGAGGAGAGCAUUACAGAUGAGUUCUUUUACUUAUUUUUUGACUGCUGAAUAGAAUGUUACCACCUUCAUGCCUUACUAAAUCCCUUCUCAACUAUGUAAUUAUUAUAUUACUAUUUCAGAUUGUUUUAUUAGAUUUAAGGAUUACUCUAAAAGUUGUAUAUUCAUACACAAUGCAGGAUGUCAUUUUUUAUUCUAAAAUAAAUGACAUAUACAUUUCA